ACUUCCGGUUAAAGAGAAAGUUAAAUUAGGCUCAGUCGGUGACGUUACACGAAAAAAUUACACAUCGACAGGUUGGACGCGACCAUGGCACGAGUGGGGCAGACUGGGGCUCGAACACAUGACCUCCAGGAAGGAUGCAGCCAUUGAAGUUGAAGAGAGAAUACCUUUUGGCUUCUGUCUGUGUGAUUCUGCGGGUGCCGUCUCUAUUUAUUAUGGAAAUGUGGUUUAGGACGGAUCCUCAGAGAGCUACAGAUGCACAUUCUGUUGACCCGGGGCAAGCCGAACUAAUUACAACAGUAGUAUAUUACUCCAUUUUGGUCUUUGCUGUGGCUGUUCUGUUGAUGCCACUGAGGAAGCUAGUAGCCCUGUAUAUGUAUAUUGUCAGCCUAGUUCUGCUGCUAAUGGCUCAUCACAUGUCACAGAUUUAUGUGGAAAUGGAGGCUGAAGAAUCAGAGACGUACAUCCUAAGUGAUUACCCUGCCCUCAAGCGAUUAGGCGUUCACCUGACUGCACAGUGCGUGCUGGCAGCGUUCAUUGCGUAUCUAAUAGACAUCAGCAGCUGGAGACGAUUCAUCCUCCUUAUCUAUACGCUUCCAAUGAUUGCACGGAUAGCAGGAGUACCACUGGCUGCAUUCGAACACAUACACCAUUUUUGUACGUUGUUUACAGUGAUCUUAAUCAUGUUAUUUUUAUUCAACAAUGUUGGCUUCGUGUUGGAUGUCAUGAAGGAAAACUUGAUUCGCUGGAAGGCCUUGGCGGACGCCAUUGGCUGGAUCUCGCUCCUCUUCACGGCUUGGCACACCAUCCUCCUACCAGUACAAUUUCUCGUCUUCUGGUUGAUUCUGUUUGGUUGCCAGCUCUAUGUGUACAUGAUAAAGACCCCUGCAAGUCUGUCACAGGAAGGCUGGCUACUUUUUAUACUGGCGUGUGUGGGUGAAUGCUGUGCCACGCCCAUCAGUCUUAUUGCCCUGUGUAUUACAAUAGCCUAUGCAUCAUACUAUAUCCUGACUCUUACCAAACUCUAUCUCCAGGGAUGGAACGCAUUCACAGUAGACCAUGACGUGAUGCGGGGGUGGACGGAAGGUUUCACUAUGAUGCUGAUAGCCGUGCAGACUGGUCUCCUGGACCUUAAACCUAUUCAGAGAGCAUUCCUUAUGUGUGUGCUGCUCUUCAUAGUGGCAUCAUCACUCAUUCAGUCCAUAUAUGAAAUGGCCGACCCCAUUCUGCUUUCUCUCAGUGCUUCGCACAACAAGAAUGUCUUCAAACAUGUCCGUGCAGUCACUCUGUUUACAUUCCUCUGGCUGUUUCCACUCUACAUGACAUACUCCAUAUGCCAAUAUUUUGACCUUGACUUUUGGCUUCUGGUCAUUAUGUCCAGCUGCCUCUUAACAUCUGUGCAGGUUGUGGGGUCGUUAGUGAUAUACACUUUAUUUAUGUUCGAUGGAAUCCGGACCGAGUCGUGGGAAUCAUUGGACGAUACGGUGUAUUAUACGCGAUCGAUAGUGAGAAUUCUGGAGUUCAUUGUGGCCGUGUUUGUCGUGUGUUACGGAAUGAAGGAAUCCAUCUUUGGUGAAUGGAGUUGGAUUAAUUCAUCAAUUUUGAUUAUUCACUGUUAUUUCAAUGUGUGGCAGAGACUUCAGAGUGGAUGGAGAACCUUCCUCAUGAGAAGGGAAGCCGUCAAAAAACUGGCAUCGUUGCCGUCGGCAACAGACCAACAACUACAGGAUUACAAUGACGUCUGCCCCAUUUGUUAUCAGUCUCUCAGCUCCGCCAAAAUUACUCCAUGUGGACAUUUCUUUCAUGCCACUUGCCUUAAGAAAUGGCUGUAUGUCAAAGACACAUGCCCCAUGUGCCACAAAAAACUGCAUGAAACUUCCGAGGAAUCCCAGAAUUCACCUGAUGAUAGGCCUGCCCAAGAUGAGGACGUUCCAUCAGAAAAUGAAAACUCCGAUGCUGAGUCGGACAUGUCGAAUCAGGCAGAGUCCUCAGACGACAGCUCAGAUGGAUGAUCAUUCAACAGGUACCACAGACUCCACCCCUGUGUUUAGAUAAACAAAACUGUUUGUUUCCAGAUGUGUUGAAGCAAGAUAAAACUGGAAUGGCAGGAAUUCUAUCAUUUUUAUACUCCUGUCCUUAGACGGGAUGUAUUAUGGUAUGGCAAUCGUGUCCAUCUGUCCGUCUGUCUGUCCUGCUUCAUGUCCGGCUCGUAACUCAAAUACUAUGAGACCUUGAAUUAUUGAACUUUGUCAGCUGAUAUAUCUUGGGUAGAAGGUGGGUCGCGCUUUAAAGUUCAGUCACUGUGACCUUUCAUUAAGAUGAUAUGGCCAAAUAUGACAAAAUCCUGCCCAACUCGUUAACUGGACAAUUAUUUGAUCUAGAAUAAUUAAACUUGGACAGUUAAUGUGUCUUAUGAAGAAGGGUGUGUCACACCUUACAUCAGAGUCACAGUGACCUAUAAUUAAGAUGAUAUGGCCAUAUAUGGUACAUGUAUAACCCUUUUUUUGGGCUCAUGUAGAUAUGAGUCCUUUAAUCAAUGAAAUUUUUCAAUUUGUGCAUCUGUAUAGAAACGUAAAUUAUAUCUUAAAAUCAGGUCAGUAAAAUUUUUAACACGGAAAGAAUUAAAAUAAAACGACAACAAAACCCCCCAAUUUUUAAAAAUCCCAACAUAUGUUGGAGAGUAAAGGUUCAACUCAGUUCAAUGAUCAUUAAAUCAGGAGAUACUCAUUUUUAAAAAAAUAAAUAAAAUAUAGCUACAUAAUCCUGAUAACAAUAUGAAUACUUAUUUUAUUUCUAACAUUAAUGAUAUAGAUAUGUGCAGUAUUGAAAUGCAAAAACAAGCACAUCACAGAACAGAUAGAGGAAUUGUCUGAUGGGAAUGAUAAUUGAUGUGUAAUCUAUCUAAUUUUAAUUUAAAAGACUUCACUAGCCUGUUGGAAGUAAGCCAUGGUGUUUCAGAGUUCAGCUGGAGAUUCAAUGACCAUUUUGAUAAGAGCUAAAUUACAUUUGUCCAGUUCAAGGUUAAUAUAUUAAUGAGUAUAAUCAUUGUACAACCCAACAUAAGUAAUUAAUACCAUGUGGAAAAAAAUUAUCUAAAUAUUAGGGGGUGAAACGAUACAGUACCUUUUCGAUUCGAUUUUCGAUACUUUAGUCUCGAUUCGAUGAUUUUCGAUUCGAUACAAUAGCAUGUACCAAAUUCUUUAUAAUGCUAAGAUUUUUUAUGUUUCGUUGUAUUUAUUGCUCUCUGCAAAUAAAUUCUACAUAAUGUAAAACCGUUUAACAUAGAGCAACACUCUUAUCACUUGUCCUAAAGCCGAAAUGUCACCAUACCCAGGAUUUAUACAUUGGGAGUGCAUUUUUCAACUCGACUGCAUCCAUUUUGAUACGGCAAAGUUUACUCGUAUGUUAAUUAGGCAAUUUUCAAUUCCAUUGGCUAAUCAGAAACCGUGUUAUCAAGAGCAAUGUGUGCUAUGAUUUUAGAACCGUAUUGAACCGAAACAGACCCCGAAUAAAUCGAACAUCGAAUCGAGAACACCACAUUGCGAGUCGGUCGCAUCGCAAUGCAUCGUUUCACCCCUACUAAAUAUAUGUAAUGAUUUGAAUAUUUCUAGUAGUUAAUCGAACAAUUCCAGAGAUAUACUAAGGAAUAAUCUUGAUUUUAGCCUGGACCCAAAAGCAAAGAUAUUGGUGGAAGCUUUGAUCCAAUUAAGGUUGACGUGAUUUUGUGUCGUGCACUUUUAUCUGUUUACAAUGAAAAAUAAAAACAUCUGAUGGGCGUAUCAUGUGCCGUGCAGUGCACUUUAUUCAUGAUGUGCAUUUCAAUUCUAGAUUGUGAAAAUGGUAUUAUUUGAUCACAUUAUUUGUAUACAUGGACACGUUUUAAAGAUGGUAUUGAACUAAUCCAUGUCACAUGAUAUGUGCCAAUUCUGAAACUUCAACAUGCAGUGUUUUUGCAUAUGAGGUCUGAGUGAUUACUCCUAUCCUUAUCUGUGUGCUGUCAUCAGACAAAGGAAUAUUUCAUGCAUCCACAAAUGUUUCUGUUGAUAUGGUCAGUUUUACUGAAGAGCCAGGUACAAUGCUUUCAGUAAAAACCUCAAGUGAAAAAUUCCAUCAGGUACUGUGUAUCAUGGUAGACAUGUAAUAUGUGCAAUGAUUCAAAAUUUUCCACAUUUUUCAAUUCAGCUCAUACAGAGAAAUCAUGUAUUUACAUUUUGGAAAAAUUGAGAAUUUUACUAAUUUAAAAUUGGGAAGUUCAGAGUUCUGCUUCCAGGAAUGAACUGUUUUUAGCUCUUCUGAGCCAAAGGCUCAAAGAGCUAAUGCUAUGGCCAUUUGUGCGGUGUGCGUAAACUUUUUAGAAAAAGGGCUAUAACUCAAGAACCCCUUGGCCAAUUUCUUUCAAAUUUGGUACAGGGUAUCAUUGGCCCAAGGGCUUUCAUACAUACUAAAUAAAGGGAUGUGACCCUUUAACAAGGGGAGAUAAUCAGGAAAAUACAAACAAAAGUAGUGGUUGCUAAAAAAUCUUCUUCUCAAGAACCACAGGGCAGAUUAUCACCAAACUUACACAUAAGGAUGAGGAUAUGUUGUAGAUUAAAAAUUGUUCAAGGCAUUACCCUGGGGCAAAGGGCGUGGUCUCAAGGUCACUUCAAAGUUGACCUAAAUUUAAAUUUUUUUUAAAUUCCUUAAAUCUUAGAUAUUUUAGCCAUUAUAAGGACUAGGAUCAUCAAAUUUUGACAGUUGAUGCAUCUUAGGACCUUGUGUCAAGUUGUCUCAAAAGUAGGUCACGGUGACCUACUUUUUGAAUUUUGCAGGUAUUUAUUUUAAAAUUAAUUUUGAUGCAUAUCUUGGACACUUUGAAGCCUAUGAUCAUCAAAACUUGUCAGUUGGUGGAUCAUGGGACCUUGAAAUGCGUCAACUGAAAAAUAGGUCACCGUGACCUACUUUCUGAAUUUUAUGGCUUAUCAUUUAUAGAUAUAUUUUAAGUUGUUAUUUCAAAUACCGAGAGGUUUAGAAUCAUCAAAUCUUGUAAGUUGAUGCAUCUUGAGGCCUUGAAACAUAUUUAUAAAAAAGUAGGUCACAGUGACCUACUUUUUGAAUUUUGCAGAUAUUCAAAUUUCACAUUUUCAAUUUUAGAUGCAUAUUUUGGGCACUGUAAAACCUAGGAUCAUCAAACUUUGUCAGUUGAUGCAUCUUCGUCUUCGGUUUGUGUCGACCAAAAGUAGGUCACCGUGACCUACUUUUGGUAUUUGACAGCUAAAUUACUAUAUUUCAGACACUAUUUGACCUACAAUCAUCAAACUUUGACAGUUGAUGCAUCUUGAGUCAACGGAGUGUGUCGACCAAAAAGUAGGUCACCUUGACCUACUUUUGGAAUUUGACGGCUAUAUUUAUAUAUUCAGAUACUAUUUGACCUACAGUCAUCAAACUUUGUCAGUUGAUGGGUCUUGCAUGUUCGAAGGGUUUCGACCAAAAAGUAGGUCAACUUGACCUACUUUUGGAAUUGGACACCUAUAUUUAUAUAUUUCGGAUACUAUUUGACCUACAGUCAUCAAACUUUGUCAGUUGAUGCGUCUUGCAUGUUCAAAGGGUGUUGACCAAAAAGUAGGUCACCUUGACCUACUUUUGGAAUUGGACGGCUAUAUUUAUAUAAUUCAGAUACUAUUUGACCUACAGUCAUCAAACGUUGUCAGUUGUUGGGUCUUGCAUGUUUGAAGGGUGUUGACGAAAAAGUAGGUCACCUUGACCUACUUUUGGAAUUUGACGGCUAUAUUUAUAUAUUUCAGAUACUAUUUGACCUACAGUCAUCAAACUUUGUCAGUUGAUGGGUCUUGCAUGUUCGGAGUUCGAUGACCAAAAAGUAGGUCACCAUGACCUACGAUUGGAAUUUGACAGCUAUAUUUCAAUAUUCAGAUAUUAAUUGGCUUAAAAUCAUCAAACUUUGUCAGUUGAUAUUUCUUGGGUUCUCAAAAUGUGUAAACCAAAAAGUAGGUCACAUUGACCUACUUUUUUUGAAUUCUUAGGAUUUAACUAAAGAUUUAGAAUACUAAGAGGCUAAGAAUAGAAAUGGUGGGGUUGUACAAUUUAUCAGAAGAGCGAUUCUAGGCCCUUGGGCCUCUUGUUUAAUUGUUGCUUGUCAACGUAAACAGAGCAGACCUAACGCUGGCCUUUAUUAGAGGUCGGUUUGCGACACUAGCAGGAACAUUGUCUGGCGUCUGUUGUAAACGUCAUUACAGUACGUUGUGCUUCUAGUCAUGUACAAUUUUAUUUCCAGGGUUUGUGAAUAAAUUAAAUUUUCGUCAAUGACAA